AUGAACUCUGGAGCCAUGGAAGGUUGGCCGUUCCCAAGCGACUUUCGCGACCCGAGCGAAGCAUGGGAUCUUCAGGGUAAGGUCCUGUUCUUCGCACUCUACACGGGCUUCUGGUCAUGCGUGGUGCUGGCGGUGUUCCUCUACACGCGGCUUCGCAGCCGCUGCAGCUGCCGCAGACGAGCGCGUUCGCCAGUGAAGCGGCAGAGCAAUGGAUUCGGGGAUGUGUCGAAGAUGUCGGAAGCCUUUGGCGAGAUGCCGCCCUUCCCAGAACGCAAGGUCCACGAGCUGUUCCUGGAGCAGGCGAAGCUGACACCGACGGCGACGGCCCUGGUGUUGCCCCACGAGGCAAAGACUGUGGUCACCUACCAGGAGCUGGCAGAAGCCGUCCGGCAGUUGGCCGUCGUGCUCGAACGGCUAGGCGCGAAUGGCGAGAUCGUGGCUUUAUCUUUGCCGCGAAGCAGCGCGCAGGUGGUGUCGAUCCUCGGCGCCUUGCUGGCAGGUGCCGGCUACCUGCCCAUGGACGACACGGGGCCAGAGGCCAGGAAAAGGCUGGUUCUGGAGGACAGCCGCGCCAAGGUGUUGAUCUCCGACGCCAACUCCCAGGAGUGCAAGCAACUUGCCGCAGAUCUCGGGCUCCACUGGGUGGCGAUCUCCUCCUUCGGAAACUUCACCGUCACCGAAGCCCAGCGACCAGCUGUACAGAGCGGCGCUGGCAGCGGCGACACGGGCGACGUGGCCAUGCUGAUCUACACGUCCGGAUCCACCGGAGAGCCCAAGGGCAUCGUCUACGACCACCAGCAUCUCCUGCACGGCGCGUGGUUCUGGGCAGAGGAGCACGGGAUGUCGGAGAGCUCUGUCCAGCUCUUCAAGUCUCCGUACUUCUGGGCAGUCAUGGAGUGGGAGGUCUUCCCAGCCUUGAUCAGGGGUGGCAAACUCGUCGUCGCGAGUGCCGAUGGCCACAAGAGCCCGCAGUACAUGGCCCAAACCAUCGAGAAGUUCCACGUGGACGUGCUCAUGAUCACACCUUCCGUUUUGGACCUGCUCCUGGACGUUGCGCAGGGGUCUUUGAGGGGCCUCCGUGUCAUCACGACCGUGGGUGAGCCUUUGACGUCGCAGCUGGCCAACCGUGUCGCAGGCCACCGUGGGCUGUCGGUGACCCUGCGGAACUUCUACGGUGCAUCCGAGAGCUCAUGCACCGUCUACACGGUGCCCGAACACGGUGUGGACACGGCUCUGUACCCACGGUACGUUCCCGCCGGCACUCCGCAGCCUCACGUCAGCGUGUUCAUUAUGGCCGAGGGCAGCUUCGAGCUGAUGCCUCCGGGGGAAGCUGGCGAGAUCUGCUUCGGAGGCGUGCUGGCUGCGCGCUACUGGCAGCGGCCGGAACUCACGGACGCGAAGUUCGUGCCCACGGAUGACUUCGGGCGAAUCUACCGCACCGGCGACUUGGGCCGCUUCCGGGAGGGAGCUUUGGAGGUGGUCGGGCGCCUGGACCGGCAGCUGAAGGUCAACGGCGUGCGCGUGGAGCCCGGCGAGAUCGAGGCCGUGCUGAUGAAGUUUGAGCCACAGGAGACGCAGCAGGAGGACGCUGAGAUGGGCUGCCUGCUGCCCGUCGCGAAGGCGGCCGUGUGCUGUGCAGAUCCGCCGCAACUCGUGGCCUUCGUGGAGCCGCGGAAGGAGGCGACGAUCCGCGCGAAUGAGCUUAUGGAGCACUGCCGCAAGGAGCUCAUGCCCGCCUACCUGCCCAAGCUCGUUGUCGUCCUCGACGCAGGUUUGCCGGUGCUUCCAAACGGCAAGGUGAACUACAAGUCCUUGAAGGAGAUGGCCGACAAGGAAGCCUCCCAGGCACAGGAGACCGUCAUGGACUCGCUUGGGCAGAUGAAGUCCAUGUCCCGAGCGGCCAUCCUCGAGAACGCGGUGAUCCACCGCUGCUACGCCUUCUGGAUGCUGGGCGUCCUCACGGAUCACUACGCCUGGUGUGCCAUGAGCACGGACCCCAAGGACCCCACUGGGAUGCGGUCCCUGCCCUUCUGCACUGCCUUGGCCUCCUGGAACGUCGCCCCGUGGGCGGAGGCUCUCGUGCGCUCCCUCGGCAACGACCAGGCGAGCGGGGACCUCUUUGGCUUCAUCAUGCUGGGCGCCUACCAGGACUCACGGCCCCAGGGCGGCGAGGCGCGCAAGCGGGCACGGCUGGGCUGGCCGGACCUCUUCGUUUUCGCCGUGUACCUGUUCAUGGCCAUGCCGCUUCCGCAGAUCUUUCGGGGCAUCACGGGAGGUUGGGCGUAUCCGGACAGGACCUGGCAGACCUUCAACGUCACACAGGGCACCAACGGAUGGGACCAGGUCUACAUGCAAAACUCUGAUGCCACAGCGGGACAUCGGUGGUAUCUUCAGAUGAUCUUGUGCGCCAAGCUCUACCUCGUGAUCUGCGACAGCCUUUGCCUGCCGCCAUUCCUCCAGGUGCUGGUUGCUGCGCUUGGCAGCUUCUUUGGUCCAGUGAAUGCCGGCAAUGCGUGCCAAGCAGGAGUGCCCAGCUUUGCUGUGUACUGGCUGCUGGGCGGUCUGCUGAUGGCUCUCUUCCACUACCCCAACCAGCUCCUGGAGAGCGGCGAGAAGGGCUUCUGGCUGACGCCGAUCUUGGAGGUGGCGGUCACCACGCUUCAGCCGGUGCUCUUCGCGCUCGGCACGGUGUACUGGCCCGUCAAGGCCAGCUUCUGGGGCAACAGCACACUCGGCUGCUACGUGAUCCACUUCCUCUUCAGAGAUCGCAUGACGGAAGUCAUCCAGAUGAUGAUCCCCAUGCUUAGCUGGGAUCUGACAGGUCUCCUCCUGCCUUUGGCGAUCGUCGUCCUGUGCCUAGCGUUCAUGUCCACCGUGGGUCCGGUCGGGCACUACAUUCUCAUCGCCCCGCAAUUCCUUGCAAGUUUCGUGAGGCGGCGGCUCUGCAGGAAGUCCUAA